UCUCUGUAAUGGCAGCGCUUCUAAAACGACCGUCUAAUGCCAAAUAAUUCACCUGCUAUUCUCGCUGUACUAUAAAUUCUCUCUCUCUCUCUCUCUACUGUGACAAUUCUCGUUCGCUCACCUGAAGGUCUGACUCGGCUUAUGCAAUGGCGCAUGAAGACCUCCCGGUCCCCAUUUAUUCUUCUCUGGAACCUGUCUAUGGCGAAGGAUCUGUUCUUGACGAGGCUAAGGUCAGAUUUGAUAGGUUAAAGGCGAAGUUUGUUCAGAUUUAUGGGCAUGAACCUGACGUCUAUGCAAGAGCUCCAGGUCGAGUCAACUUGAUUGGAGAGCAUAUUGAUUAUGAGGGCUAUUCGGUGCUCCCGAUGGCCAUAAGACAAGACACAAUUAUCGCAAUCCGCAAGCAUGAAUCUGAAGAAGCAGCAAAGGUUCUCACCAUUUCAAAUGUCAAUGACAAAUAUACCACAUGUACUUAUCCUGCUGAUCCCGAUCAGAAUAUUGAUUUGAAGGACCAUAAAUGGGGGCACUAUUUUAUCUGUGGGUACAAAGGGUACUAUGAAUUUGCCAAAUCAAAAGGAAUUGACGUAGGUGUGCCAGUUGGCCUUGAUGUCCUUGUUGAUGGUAUUGUUCCAACAGGGUCUGGAUUAUCAAGCUCAGCAGCAUUUGUCUGCUCAGCAACAAUCGCUAUAAUGACCGUCUUUGAUGUGAAUUUCCUAAAGAAAGAAGUGGCUCAACUUACAUGUGACUGCGAGCGUCAUAUUGGAACUCAGUCUGGAGGAAUGGACCAGGCAAUCUCUGUCAUGGCUAAGCCUGGAUUUGCUGAGCUUAUUGAUUUUAAUCCAAUUCGUGCAACUGAUGUCCAAUUGCCUUCUGGUGGGACAUUUGUGAUUGCACACUCCUUGGCAGAAUCUCAGAAAGCAGUGACUGCAGCAACCAAUUACAACAAUCGAGUUGUAGAAUGUCGCCUUGCAGCUAUUGUUCUGGGGAUCAAACUUGGAAUGGAGCCGAAUAAGGCCAUCUCGAACGUCAAAACUCUCUCUGAUGUUGAAGGGUUGUGUGUAUCUUUUGCUGGUAGUCAUGGCUCUUCCAAUCCUAUCCUUGCUGUUAAGGAAUUUUUAAGUGAGGAUCCUUACACUCCUGAAGAUAUUGAAAAAAUUACCGAGGAAGCGUUGCCUGAUAUCUUUGGGAACUCAGCUACUUCCUUGGAUGUACUUAAAGCUGCAAAACAUUUUAAGUUAUUUCAGAGGGCCUUGCAUGUCUACUCUGAAGCAAAACGUGUGCACCUGUUCAAGGAAGCUGUAUCAUCAGAGCUCAGCGAUGAGAAGAAGCUACAAAGACUUGGAGACCUCAUGAACGAAAGUCAUCACAGCUGCAGUGUUCUCUACGAGUGCAGCUGUCCUGAAUUGGAGGAGCUGGUUAAAGUAUGCCGUGAGCACGGUGCACUUGGAGCAAGACUUACAGGAGCAGGGUGGGGUGGUUGUGCGGUUGCAUUGGUGAAGGAAAGCAUAGUCCCUUCGUUCAUCCUUAAUCUAAAGGAAGCUUUCUAUCAGUCAAGGAUCCAGAAGGGUGUGAUCAGCAACAACGACCUAGGGCUUUAUGUCUUUGCUUCGAAGCCUUCAAGUGGUGCUGCCAUUAUAAAGUUUUAAUUUGCAACACCUCCACAAACAUCACCCCUAUUCCUCUGUCAAGUUUUAAUCCACCCCUCCCUCUCUGUGUCUGGCGUAUCAAUGAAGGAUGUUGCAUUUUUCUUGGCAAUAAAGUCUCGAAAGAAUUUCGGAGUCGAUGAGCAUCACCUCUUCUUGCGUUCCAAUUCAUAAAGCAACACCAACCCACCGUUCUGCUAUGAAGUCGAGCUAAUGUGGCCUCAUGUUAUGGAGAAAUGCUAUGCUGAUAAUUAAAAGCAGCUAGCACCUCUCUAACAUAAAAUGAAUAGACGUUAGAGUAUCCUACUUGCAUCGUCUCCCUCUAUGCUUAAAGAUGGCAUUGUUUGCCGGUGGCUUUUACUUAAAAUGCUGCUCCCAACUUCGGGCAAGUUUGCAAGUAUUGCGAAGUUGGGUGCAUGGGUUAUUUUA